AUGAGUAUAAAGAAUGUCAGUGCGCACGGUAGAGGAGCAAGUAGUAUUGAUAGUGGAGCAAGUAGCGUACUUUAUAGUAGCUCAGAAACCAGUAGCUCACAUAAUGGCAGCUCAGAAGGUAGCAGCUCAGAAGGUAGUAAAUCAGGAGGCAAUAGCUCACAUGGAAAUAAUAAUUCAAAGCACGGAGGACAUGGUAAGCAAAAGGGCAAACCAUACUCAGCUUCAAACUUAUCACAAAUAGCCUAUACUGCCUGUUCUCAGUUGGUUUCUGCUACUGCAACAUUUUGCGAUUCAAAUUCGGACUAUGCUGAUGCAUGUUUCUGUGUUGAUCCAAAUGCUUUAGCUACAAUUGCCGGUUGUUAUCAUAUAGCUAACAAGGCAUCUAAAGAGAACGUAAAAACAUUAAGUUCAAACUGUGAAGAAUAUAAAGCUAAGAUUAGUUUUGACCAAUUCGAAGCAGCAUAUAAAAAUUAUACUUUGUACGCUAAAGAAAUAAGCGAAAUUCAAAAUUUUGAUGCUUCUGUUCCCGUGGAUGUUCCAAUUAAGCUAAAUGCGACAUCA